AUGGCUGCACUGAGUUGUCUUUUGGAUAGUGUUAGAAGGGACAUAAAGAAGGUGGACAGAGAACUAAGGCAACUGAGAUGCAUCGAUGAGCUGAGCACACGAUGCCUGUGCGACUUGUACAUGCACCCGUACUGCUGCUGUGACCUGCACCCCUAUCCGUACUGCCUGUGCUAUUCAAAGCGAUCACGCAGCUGCGGCCUGUGUGACCUGUAUCCGUGUUGCCUGUGCGAUGUCAAGCUGUACUGUCUUCGACCAUCUCUCAGAAGUUUGGAGAGGAAAGCCAUUAGAGCCAUAGAGGACGAAAAGAGAGAGCUUGCCAAACUGAGAAGAACAACGAAUAGAAUUCUGGCCUCCUCUUGCUGUAGCAGUAACAUUUUAGGAUCGGUGAACGUCUGCGGCUUUGAACCUGAUCAAGUCAAAGUUCGGGUGAAGGAUGGAAAGGUAUGUGUGUCAGCCGAGCGGGAGAACAGGUACGACUGCCUUGGCUCGAAGAAGUACAGCUACAUGAACAUCUGCAAGGAGUUCAGCUUGCCCCCGUGCGUGGACGAGAAGGACGUAACGUACUCCUACGGGCUCGGCAGUUGCGUCAAGAUCGAGUCUCCAUGCUACCCUUGCAUCUCUCCCUGCAGCCCCUGCAACCCCUGCAACCCCUGCAACCCCUGCAGCCCCUGUAGCCCCUGCAGCCCAUGUGACCCUUGCAACCCCUGCAACCCUUGCUAUCCCUGUGGGAGCCGAUUUUCCUGUAGGAAGAUGAUUUUGUAA